AAUUAUGUGCAUAGAAAAUCAAGAUUUUACUUCAGCAACGUAAAAUGAUCGAAAUGCUGUACAUUGAGUAACAAGUAUUUUUGAUUAACCUCGAUUCAGUUACAAUAUUUGAAAAUUUCGCCUACUUUCAUUAGAAUUGAAAGAAACAAACGGGUGACAUUAGGUUUACCGCUAAUUCGGCUUAAGUAACACAAAUAACUAGUCAGCACAAACGGAGAAAUAAAACUAGUCAAAGACUAAGGACGCAGGACAUUUCGACGUGAUGACGUAUAUGCUAAUCAGUGCUGCAAAGCGUCAACGCGCUAGCUACUUUCCAUUUAGCUUAGCUGGUAAUGAAAGUUAAAGAAAUAAUAUGUAUAAUUUUAUAAUUCGCAUCUUCUUUUCAAAAGGUUGAGUCAGACCAGUGCGCAUGCGCCUUUCUCCUGAAGAGCCAUGUGGGGUACGGUGACAAGGAACGUAAAGUGUGCACCCUCUGGGGUUCUCAACCUUUACCGGACCACGAUUAGGUCUGGCUGCAGUGGGUCUGGGAAGACCUGGGUGAGACCCAGCGGGUUUGACACUGGUCUAAAAACUUUCAACAGCCUCACCAAGCAAAAGGAGCCGCUCAUCCUGGCUAGAGAAGGAACAGCUACCUGGUACAGCUGUGGACCCACCGUGUACGACCACGCUCACCUGGGUCAUGCAUGUUCAUAUGUCAGGUUUGACAUCCUGCAGAGGAUUCUGUCCAGGCUGUUUGGGGUCACCGUGAUCCACGCCAUGGUCAUCACUGACAUCGAUGACAAAAUCAUCCGAAGGAGCUGGGAGGAAAACGUUUCUGCGUCCGUUAUCUCCAGAAUGUACGAAGAGGAGUUCAAGAAGGACAUGCUGUCUUUAAAGGUGAUUCCACCUGCGGUGUACCUUAGAGUCACUGACAACGUGCCCCAUAUUGUUGCGUUCAUUGAGAAGAUAAUUAGAAAUGGACACGCCUACGCCACUAAUGAAGGAGACGUGUAUUUUGACGUCCAGUCCAUCGGUGACAGAUAUGGGAAGUUUGGUGGAGCUGUGGGUUCUCAGGGAGAGCCUGCCAGCUCAGACAAACGGGACUCGAGGGAUUUCGCCCUGUGGAAGCGGUCCAAAGCUCAGGAGCCAUACUGGGAAUCGCCAUGGGGCCCAGGAAGACCUGGCUGGCACAUUGAGUGCUCCACCAUUGCUAGUUGUGUGUUUGGGGGUCAGCUGGAUGUCCACUCUGGAGGGAUGGACCUGGCCUUUCCUCACCAUGAGAAUGAGAUCGCUCAGAGUGAAGCCUUCCAUCAGUGUCAGCAGUGGGCCAACUACUUCCUCCACUCAGGUCAUUUACACCUGAGAGGAAGUGCAGAGAAAAUGUCUAAAUCUCUGAAGAACUACGUCAGCAUCAAGGACUUCCUGCUGUCGUACUCUGCUGAUGAGUUUCGGAUGUUUUGCCUCCUGUCCAAAUACCGAUCAGCGAUAGAUUACAGCGACAGCAGCAUGACGGAGGCUCGUUCCGCUCUGGAGACCAUCCGCACCUUCAUGGAGGCGGCUCAGGCUUACAUGAAGGGUCAGCUGCUGUGUUCUCCGGUUCAGGAGGCUUUCCUCUGGGAAAGGCUGACGGAGGCGAAGUCCGGCGUGCUCAGAGCGCUGUCAGAUGACUUUGACACCCCGAGAGCGGUCAGCGUUCUGAUGAAUCUGGUGUAUCAUGGGAACUGUCAGCUCCAGCCUGUUACUACGACUGCGGCAGUGGUCCGGAGUCCUGCGGUGUUCGGAGCGAUGACCAGCUACAUCACACAUAUCCUGGAUGUGUUUGGGAUCGAUCUGCUCCUCAGGAAGGAGUCAGAAGUGCUGAGCAGCUCUGGAAGUCUGCAGGCCGUUGUGGAACAGCUGACCCGGUUCAGAACCGAAGUCCGAGCUUUCGCGCUGACCCGACAGGACGAUAGCAACACCGGAUCGCCCAGCAAAGCAGGUCUUCACCCAGACAGAGUCCCUCUGCUGAGAGCCUGCGAUGCCCUCAGACAUGAGCUGGCUCCUCUGGGAGUUCUCAUAAAGGAUCGAGGAGCCACGUCCACGUGGGAGAUAAAACCCAAUCAGAGAGGACAGAAGGUCCAGGAGGGACGUCACAGACAGGAGGCUGAAGUCCUCUCAGAUGGACUCGACGAUUUGAAAUGAAAACUUGAUCAGAACUUUUUAUAAGAGGUUUAAAAUGAUCCGAUGGAAUAAAUUUGAUCAAGUUAAUUAUUUUUCCUUUCAUGACCGGAUGGACCAUCGGCUCCAGCCUAACAGCUUAGUCAGGAUCUAAUUGUUUUUGUACUAAAUUAUGAUGUCAUUUUCUCCACAAGAAAAACAUCUAAUGAUCUUGUUAAAUAUUUUAAUAGUUGCUGAGUACCAAACCAACCCUUCGCAUAACAAUCUGUGUCGUGAUCCUGUUCCUGACGGUCCGGUUCUUAGUCCCAUCCGUCGUCCUCAUGAGGAGCAGGGUCUGGAUCACGCGGCGUUGCGGCUCUCUGGGAUCAGAUUGAUGAGAGAGUUGCUGGCCUGGGCCAGCUCUGUGAUGGAGACUCGGCCUCUCUGUCUGACGAACUGGGCCACAGAGUCCAGCUCCUCAGGUGUGAUGAAGAUGAACUUCCCUCUGUCGUCGAUGACGCCUGCAGCAACGAGCAGAACAAAGAAAGUCUCCGUUACCAAAGAGCUGAGAUUCGAACCUCUGGAGUCAUUAAGUUCCUAAAACCAGGACCUCCCAGGGCUCAGACGGGCUCUUUGAUCCCAAAGCCCCACUAUAGUGUGACUGGUACUAGGAAGAUAUCCGACUGGUCCAGAGUUCCGUCUCGGCUCACCUGUGAGGGUUCCUUCAGCUAACAGGUCCUGCAGUCUGGAGAUGGCGUCCUGCGUCCUGAUCCCAAAAUGUGAGGCCAGGUCCUCCAGGAGGACCACCUUGGAGCUCUGCAGACACAACAGAGCAGCCUGUCACUGUCCAGUUCACCGACAGGACUGGCCAGACUGGGCCCAGUGGGCCGCGCUCACCUCAAUGUACUGGAUGAAGUCCUGCAGCAGGUUGCGAGACUGAGAACAGAAAACAAACGUUUAACUGAACCGUUUAAGAGAAAAGGGACAGAAACCACGCAGUAGUAGAAGACCUGAUCCUCAGACAGCUGCUCCUCCUCCCCCUGCUCCUCGAUGACAAAUGAGGACUUUAGUUUAAGGUACUCCUCCUCCUCCCGCCGCUCCUGCUCCUCUUUAGUUCGGCGCUCCUCCUCCUCCUGAAUGUAACAGCAGCAGAGUCUCAGGAUCUCCCCCUGUGAACCCAGUAAGGAUACUACAUGUAGAGGAGUGGGUGUUACCUGCUUCUGCUCCUGCAGUCGCUCCUUCUCCUCCUCCUGGCGUCUUUCCUGCUCCCUGAGCUCCUGCAUUCUCUUCCGUUCUUCCCUCUCCUCCCUCUCUGCCUGCAAACCAAACAAUCCAGCACAGAUAUGUUGAAGAUGGAAGGGGAUGGGCGAGGGAGUAAAGCCUGAGCCGUGGGGGUUCUGGUGACCUCUCUCUGGGCCUUCCUGGCUUCUUUCUCCUCCUGCUUCUUCAGUUUCUUGGCUCCAACCUUGGCUGUAGGCUGGAUGUUCUGCUGCUCCACCUCUUCAUCCUCUCCAGGCUCCUCGUCUGAAAUUCACAGGAUCUCUGUUAUGUUACGACAGGGUGUUUGUUCAGUGUGCCUCUAAUCUGUGUAUUUCUAGUACAGGUCCUUCUCAAAAAAUUAGCAUAUUGUGAUAAAGUUCAUUAUUGUCUGUAAUGUGCUGAUAAACAUUAGACUUUCAUAUAUAUUAGAUUCAUUACACACAUCUGAAGCAGUUCAAGCCUUUUAUUGUUUCUAAUAUUGAUGAUUUUGGCAUACAGCUCAUGAAAACCCAAAAUUCCUAUCUCAAUAAAUUAGCAUAUCAUGAAAAGGUUCUCUAAACGAGCUAUUAACCUAUUCAUCUGAAUCAGCUAAUUAACUCUAAACACCUGCAAAAGAUUCCUGGGGCUUUUACAAAACCCCAGCCUGGUUCAUUACUCAAAAAUGGAAUCAUGGGUAAGACUGCCGGCCUGACUGCUGUCCAGAAGGCCAUCAUUGACACCCUCAAGCAAGAGGGUAAGACACAGAAAGAAAUUUCUGAACGAAUAGGCUGUUCCCAGAGUGCUGUAUCAAGGCACCUCAGUGGGAAGUCUGUGGGAAGGAAAGAGUGUGUCAGAAAACGCUGCACAACGAGAAGAGGUGACCGGACCCUGAGGAAGAUUGUAGAGAAGGACCGAUUCCAGACCUUGGGGAACCUGUGGAAGUAGUGGACUGAGGCCCUGUCCACACGUAGCCGGGGAUCUGCCAAAACGUAGAUAUUUUUCUAUGUUUUGGCCUGUCAACCACACGAAAACAGAUCUUUUUAAAAACUGGCCAAAGUGAAGAUCUGCGUUUUCUCUGUUUUGGGUGUCUGCGUGUGGACAGACAAAACCGGAGUUUUAAGGUCCGCAACGUCACUUUCCGCGACAAAAAAUGCUGACAUCACGUGUGCGACCUGUGUUUACACUAGCCGACAGCAUGGAAGCCCUCAGAGCUAUGCUCGCUUUAUCAACUGUCCAAGCGCUUUUUGCUUGUUUGUUUUUGCAAGCAGAAUUACUGCUCCUUGCGGAAGACCACAGACGAAGGACGAGGUUAAGAACGGGGGAAGUACUGCCGCCUACAGGUCUGGCAUGUCCUUAACAACGUAUUUAUCCGGGUACGUGUGGACAGAGUUUUUUUCUAAAACAAGGUGGUGUGGAUGCAAGUUUUUGGAGGGGUGGAUAUUCGUUUUUAAAAAAACCCGGCUACGUGUGGACUAGGCCUGAGCCUGGAGUAGAAACAUCCAGCGCCACCGUGUACAGGCGUAUGCAGGAAAUGGGCUACAGGUGUCACAAGUGUCACAAUCAAGCCACUUUAGAACCAGAAACAGCGGCAGAAACGCCUGACCUGGGCUACAGAGAAGCAGCACUGGACUGUUGCUCAGUGGUCCAACGUACUUUUUUCGGAUGAAAGCAAAUUUUGCAUGUCAUUCGGAAAUCAAGGUGCCAGAGUCUGGGGGAAGACUGGGCAGAGGGAAAUACCACAAUGCCUGAAGUCCAGUGUCAAGUACCCGCAGCCAGUGAUGGUCUGGGGUGCCAUGUCAGCUACUGUUGUUGGUCCACUGUGUUUUAUCAAGGGCAGGGUCAAUGCAGCUAGCUAUCAGGAGAUUUUGGAGCACUUCAUGCUUCCAUCUGCUGAAAAGCUUUAUAGAGAUGAAGAUUUCAUUUUUCAGCGCGACCUGGCACCUGCUCACAGUGGCAAAACCACUGCUAAAUGGCUUACUGACCAUGGUAUUACUGUGCUCAAUUGGCCUGCCAACUCUCCUGACCUGAACCCCAUAGAGAAUCUGUGGGAUAUUGGGAAGAGAAAGGUGAGAGACGCAAGACCCAACACUCUGGAUGAGCUUAAGGCCGCUCUCGAAGCAUCCUGGGCCUCCAUAACACCUCAGCAGUGCCACAGGCUGAUUGCCUCCAUGCCACGCCGCAUUGAAGCAGUCAUUUCUGCAAAAGGACUCCCGACCAAGUAUUGAGUGCAUAACUGAACAUAAUUAUUUGAAGGUUGACUUUUUUGUAUUAAAAACACUUUUCUUUUAUAUUGUAUGCUAAUUUUUUGAGAUAGGAAUUUUGGGUUUUCAUGAGCUGUAUGCCAAAAUCAUCAAUAAUAGAAAACGCUUGAACUACUUCAGUUGUGGGUAAUGAAUGUAAUAUAUAUGAAAGUCUAAUGUUUAUCAGUACAUUACAGAAAAUAAUGAACUUUAUCACAAUAUGCAGUUUUUUUUAGAUGGACCUGUACAGCUGUUGCUUCACAGUGGGUGUUUUUUACAUGUAGCCAUUUUCCCACAGAUCAGCUGUAAGGUUAGUGAUGAUUUUAUCUCUGGGUCUCACCUUGCUCUGGUCUCUGUGGGCGCCGGUUAGCCAUCAUAGCAGCAAGGUUGUUCCUCCUCCUGCGAGGCAUCCCGGCUCCCCGGUCCUCCAGGGGCCGCGGAGGGGCCCCCGCUGCCCGGACAACCUCCCUCUGAUGCUCCUCAUCAGCUGAAGAUAUUAAUUUUGUUUUACAUACAUGGACUAAAACAUCUUCAAACUGACAAGAAUCAAAGACUUUCAGAUAGGAAGAGUGAGGUGUAAAAUAAAGCAUCGCCACAAAUAAAUCAGUCAACUGUGCUUCAAGCCACACAUCAGGAACUAUAGUAAAUAAAAACGUGUUAAUACGUAAAGCACAAACUUUAAAACAUGAAUUAGUUUAUUUCCUCUCGUAUGAAGCAUCUAUGAAGGAGAUGCAGCACAAAUAAAAUAUUUUUAUGAAA